AUGAGUGCAGACCUGUCACAUGUUGGUUCUAACUUUGUGCUUCUCUCUUCCUGCAGCGCCUGCAAUGCCUCCCGCUCCGGCCUCUCCCACGGCCUGAAUGUAACGAGCCCUCACGAGCACAAAAACAUCAAGAACUACGAGAACACCACCCUCUUCUACAUCUCCUCCUUCCAGUACCUGGCCGUGGCCAUCAUCUUCUCCAAGGGGAAGCCCUUCAGACAGCCCAGCUACAGGAACUGGCCGUUCAUGCUGUCCUGCAUCGCCCUGUACACUUUUCUCCUCUUCAUCAUGUUGUAUCCUGUUCGUGCCAUCGACAACUUCCUGGAGAUCGUGUGUGUUCCCCACGACUGGCGCAUUACACUCGUCAUCAUUGUCAUCGUGAAUGCGGCUGUGUCUUUCAUUCUGGAGAUUUUGAUCGUUGACAUCGUCAUGCGGAGGCUAGUUUUCAGAAGCAAUCAGGGGCUAAAUCUGCCCACAGAGCCCCCCUCUUCUGACACACCUAAGGAGGCCAACCAGCACUGGGCCUCGUCUUUCCUCUCCCGGUUGUUCUGUCAGACAAACAAGCCCCCCCGGGUGCUCUACAUGCACCUGGCCCUGGAGCUGCAGGACAACACAGACUGGCCCCCCCGACCCUCCACUGUCACCUUCGCCAGCGAUCCACAAUCCCGCCUCUCUGCCCCCCUCUGACACCAACAAGCAGACUACUGCACAGACUGAAGAUACAAUCACAGCUUGAAUUGAGCUCAGAGAAGAUGAUGAUGGUGAUGAUGUGUGAAGCGUCCUAAUAUAACAGACACUGUGAGCUGCUCAUACAGAAGGUUCUCCUCCAUUUUGGUUCAACCUCCUCAACAGACAAACUCUUGUCAAACUGCUGAAACAUGAGCCAGAGAUCUCUGUUAAAGGAACAGCUCACCAUUUUGUGAAAUGUGGUACGCUUAAUCGCUCUAUUGCUAAUAUGUUAGACGACAAGGUCUAAGACAACUCUAACUAUUCUAGGGUUAAACUAGAUGUUAAAAUGUCAACUAACCACUGUGAGCCAAACAGCAGGUGAUUGCUGAUAUGUUUGUGAAGUGUGUGUUUGCAUGUCUGUGUGCAGCGCUGUGCGCUGCCUCAAUCCCAUCAUAAAACACAAUUAAAUCAAACAUGACUGAAACAAAAUUAAACUCACCAAACCUGUGAUGGUUAGGUCUUUUCAACUUUCCAACAAUCACCAACUGGUUUGGUUUAAAUAAACCCUGCAGUUUUUACUGCUGCCCUUUUUCUGGGGGCGGGGGAAUCAUGAAAUUAUCCAAAUAAGAUAGCCCCAAAAAUGUUUUAUAUAAAAUAUAUAUGUUUCCAUUGCCUCACCCUAAUCUAAAGUAAAUGUAAAGGCAGUGACAGCAAUUGGUUAGUUUAUCACAAACACUGGUUGCUGGAAGCCAGAAAUGUAUACAUGUUUUAAGUCGACAUAUUAACAAGCUAGGUUUAUUCAUUACUAGUCUAGAUCAUAAUUAGUCUAAAAUACAACCCAAUGCAGUUUUCAUUAAACACACAUCAGAAUGGGAUCAAUCUUCUCAGAUAAUUCAGCAAGAAAAAACCCAGCACAUUUCACAAGUGAGAAGUCAUUCAUUUAACAGGAGUAGAUGUCUUAACUACAUUGUCGCAAUGUAGUUAAGUGCGUUUUUGUGUUAGUGCGACAGAUCAGCCGCUGUUUAGCUCAGCCGGGUCAAUCAACAGACAACAAUACAAUGUAAGUAUUUUAAUACUCAAAGAUACAUUGCAUUUAAAUCCCAUGCGUUGAAACUUUUAGUAUGAUUACAUUUAAUUUAUGAAUGAACAGUUCUUUAUUAAAUUAAAUUACCAUUAUUUUACAUUUUUAUUUAAAAAGGAAAUGGAUCAUAGAUCACAAUGGGACCAAUCUGGUUAAAUAAAGGUUUGAAAUGAAAUCAACAGCCUAACCCUCUGCUUCACUGUGAAUAAGCACGCACUGUCUUCCACUAGCAUUAGCUGCUGCUAUAAUCCUAAAGUUGUAAAACAUUGUUAGGAUGUAUGAAUUCAAAGACACAUGGGACACUUUUUUUAUUUCUAAGACAACAAACAUUCCACUGCUGCAUUUCUGUCUUAGGGUAGCUUCAAUUGAAGUUCUUCCUGUGGAAGAGAGAAACAGGAAUUUCUGUGUCCCUAUUUUCUAAAUUGUAUUGGCGGAUCAUGUGUGUACUUGUGUGGAACAGAGCAAAAAAGUGCAUUGCUUAAAAAGAGAAUAAACCAUUUCUGUGUCCUUUGAUGCUUAGUAAAGUCUUCUCAUAAUAUGACUUUCUUUUUUUAAUUAAAUGAAAAAGAAUGACACCGUUUAAAAUCACUAAGGUACUGUGCAAGACUGAUCAUAUUUAAUGUCUCAAAGCAAGUGAAUUAAUCAAAACGAAUCAAUGAGACACUUGCUGCUGUGAUGAAUUUAUAAUAGUUGAUUCAUCUUUUAAUUUUCAUAAUAUUUGUCUAUAACUUUUUACAGCUGUUGAAUGUGUAUUUUAAGUAACAAUUAAAAUGAAUAAAUGAAACAUGAGAA